GCGCGGCACGCGCUGCGUCAGUAUUCCGCGAGCUUCCAUCGCGUUCUGUCGGAGUUCAGCUUGGAGGAAGGAAAAACGGUGUCGGCUGUGAACCGCUGCGGAGAACUGGGGAAAAGGAGUGCGCGUCUCGCUUGCACGAAUACCGUCCUAGCUACUCGAGGACCCGAGGAUGGCGGACGACAGCCACGAGAACGGCACCAGCAACGGCGACGUGCCCGAGAUCGAGCUGAUCAUCAAGGCGUCGACCAUUGAUGGCCGCCGGAAGGGCGCCUGCCUCUUCUGCCAGGAGUACUUCAUGGACCUGUACCUUCUUGCUGAAUUGAAGACGAUUUCACUGAAGGUGACCACGGUGGACAUGCAGAAACCACCGCCGGAUUUCCGUACAAAUUUCCAAGCGACGCCGCCGCCGAUUCUGAUCGACAACGGUGACGCCAUUUUGGAGAACGAGAAGAUCGAACGGCACAUCAUGAAGAACAUUCCCGGUGGUCACAACCUCUUCGUCCAGGACAAAGAAGUGGCCACCCUCGUCGAAAAUUUGUUCAGUAAAUUGAAGUUGCUACUGCUGAACGCGAAGGACAAGGACAAAGAUCCAAAAUCGUCGUCGCUGAUGGCACACCUGCGCAAAAUCGACGAGCAUCUCGGCCGCAAAGGGACGCGUUUCCUCACCGGCGACACGAUGUGCUGUUUCGAUUGCGAAUUGAUGCCGCGGCUGCAACACAUCAGGGUCGCCGGCAAGUACUUCGCCGACUUCGAGAUCCCGGAGACACUGGUGCAUCUGUGGCGGUAUAUGCAUCACAUGUACAGGCUGGACGCGUUCUUGCAAAGCUGCCCGGCUGACCAAGACAUUAUUAACCAUUACAAGCUGCAGCAGAGUAUGAAGAUGAAGAAACACGAGGAGUUGGAGACUCCAACCUUCACGACCAGUAUCCCAAUCGAGGUCAACGACGACUAGGCUGGACCUGUGCCGUCGGGCCUACGAUCUCGUCACAUUGAUUCAGAAAAAGAUCAUCAUCGUCGGUAUCGGUGUGGACACGGACGGUGCAUACGCGACGGCGCAGUAAACAGUUUUUUACAAUUGUUCCCUAAAUGGACGCCUUCUGUAUAGGAAGGAUCGAAUUAAUUUAUAAAAAAGAAAAAAGAAGAAACAAAACGUAUUCGGAGCUUGCACGCUCCAAAUCGAAAAUUUCCAUCGUCUCGAUUUCCUUGAUCGCGUCGACGUCACCUACACCGAUUUACAUAACACUUUUGCUACGUAUCCACGAUGAACAACCAUCCGUCGACGCUAUUUUAUGGCCUAAAUUGAAUGCAGACUAAGUAGCUUUUUUACCGCAAGAGACAGGAAACAUAUACAUAAUAUGAGAAAUCUAUUAAGGCUUUCAAAGACGAUCAGUACGCGUGUCCAGAGAACCACAUGAUUUUUUCCUUUCCUUUUUUUUUCUUGUUCGUCCUUAUUUUCUUUUUCUUUCUUUACCUCUAUGUAGCUACGUACGACGAAUCGUACGUAGUGUUGACUUGAGUAGCGUUAUUAUUAGAGAAUGGCAUUUUAAUCUUUUACAUUGUACUUUAGAUCGAGAUUUCGUGUAUUUUUUUAAAAGUUUAGGCGGUUUCUCUCCUCCGUCUUUCAAUGGUUAGCAAUCAAAUGAAGAAUACAAAAGAGACGUAUGCAUUCGAAUAGUGAUUAUCCGUUGAAUAUAUCAAUAUAUUCUUCGUUCGUUUCCUCGCCUCUCCUUGCAAACUUGUAUUGUAUUUAUCAUCCAUUUAAAUAUUAAUGAAUAAAACGACGUGGCAGUGUU